AUGGCGGUCCUGGAAUGUCCCAGAAACAGCAACUUUCUUUCCCUUUCUCGUUUCCCUGUCAAGAUCGCUGCCUUCAUGAUCAAUCGCAGGUUUGGCUGAAUGCAGAGAGCCUAGAGAGACUUCUCAGGUAUCUAUUUGUCCAUUCCGUUGCUCCCAGAGCUGUUGUUGAGGAAUGCGGUGUCUCCAUGGAUGCUUACUCUCUUGUAGACCACCUAUAUACUAUUGAACUCCUGUCAGCUUCCUGAGAUUCUGACCCUGCAGGCUGUAGGAGCUGGUGUUGACAAUGUAGUCUGUGCUUGCCCACCCUCCAGCCCUCUCCACCUGAUUACUAGGGAGCCACAGGACGAGCCAGUAAACCACUUAUGGUAGAAGAUGACAAAAGUUUGGAGGUAUUUGGUUCAUCACUUUAGACACGUUGAUUUAAUUUAGGGUUCUUGAGUUUGGCUCCUCACAGACUAGGUCUGCCAUUGACGAAACACCCCCCCCCCCCACUUAGGAACCCCCUUCGUCUUCAUUGGUAGCCUGUAGGGUACAUUUCUGUCAUUUAUAUACUGCCCUUUUACCCAAAAUCGCAUAAUAUACCUUAUUCCUUACUUUACACCAUUCUCCCUCCCCCUCUCUCCCUCUCUCUCCCCCUCUCUCCCUCUCUCUCCUCCUCUCUCCCUCUCUCUCCCCCUCUCUCCCUCUCUCUCCCUCUCUCUCUCUCCCUCCCUCCCUCCCUCUCUCUCUCUCCCUCCCUCCCUCCCUCUCUCUCUCUCUCUCUCUCUCUCUCCCUCCCUCCCUCCCUCCCUCUCUCUCCCUCUCUCUCUCUCUCUCUCUCUCACCCCUCCCUCUCUCUCUCUCUCCCCUCCCUCUCUCUCCCUCUCUCUCUCUCCCUCUCUCUCCCUCUCUCCUCUCUCUCCUCUCUCUCCUCUCUCCCUCUCUCUCCUCUCUCCCUCUCUCCCUCUCUCCUCCCUCUCUCUCUCUCUCUCCCUCUCUCUCCCUCUCUCUCUCCCUCUCCUCUCUCUCCCCUCUCUCCUCUCUCUCCCCCUCUCUCCUCUCUCUCUCUCUCCCUCCUCUCUCACUCUCCCUCUCUCUCUCUCUCCCUCUCUCUCUCUCCCUCUCUCCCUCUCUCUCCCUCUCUCUCUCCUCUCUCCCUCUCUCUCCCUCUCUCUCCCCUCUCUCCCUCUCUCUCUCUCUCUCCUCCCUCCCUCCUCCUCCCUCCCUCCCUCCUCUCUCUCCCUCUCUCCCUCUCUCUCCCUCUCUCUCUCUCUCUCUCUCUCGCUCUCCCUCCUCCUCCCUCUGUCCCUCUCUCCUCCCUCUCUCUCUCCCUCUCUCCCUCCCUCUCUCCUCUCUCUCUCCUCUCUCUCCUCUCUCCUCCUCCUCCUCCCUCUCUCUCCCUCUCUCUCUCCCUCUCUCUCUCCUCUCUCCUCCCGCCUUCCCUCCUCCUCCUCUCUCUCUCUUUCUCCCUCUCCUCUCUCUCCUUUCUCUCCCCUCUCUCUCUCUCCCUCUCUCCCUCUCUCCCUCCCUCCUCCCUCCCUCCCUCUGUCCCUCUCUCUCUCUCUCUCUCCCCCCCCUUCCCUUCCAUCCCUACGACCGCCCUACUCUACUUCCCAGUUCACCUACUGUUGACCUGUGCUUGCAGCCCCAUAGCACCACCUCCUGUGCCAUCUACCAGAGUCGAAACCAUGGCCUUCUCUAAAUGUUCUACCACCCUCUUAAAAAGGGCGUGGACAUUGUCAUGCGCUAGUGAAGGUGUAACAGCGAUCACAACAAGGGACCUAGUUCCGGUAUACUCACUCAUCUCCUAUGAAGUAUGGUUGCAUUAAAUAGCAGCAAAGUUUUCUACAUUUAGUGAGUGUGUGCCUAAGUGCCAUUAAAAAGAAAGCUAUUUGAGUAUUUUAUCCGAUUUCGAUUGUGUUUCUAGCUUGAGAGGUAAAGAGCUAAGUCACAGAUCAUAAAAAAUCCGAAAUGAAGGUGGGCGUGAUUUUUAACAAAAUGGGUGGUUUUAUUGUAUAAAUUUUCGAUUGAAAGUAAAAUGUAGUAAAUUAAAAUGGUCUUGGAGCAUUCAGAACUUGCAUUCCUACUAUUCAUAGUAACAAAACAAAUCAAAACCAAACUCUUAAAAUGAUGAUUGAUAUUUUGGUACACGCCACACUGAUCUAGGACUGAAAUCAUUUAAUGUUUGUCAUUAAUUGUGAAAUUUGUUCAUAUUGAUUGACGUUUAUGUACAUGCCGUAAUGAUCUAGGGUUAAAUCAUUUAAUCUUUGCCAUUAAUGUGAAAUUUGUUCAUAUUGAUUGACGUUUAUGUACAUGCCGUAAUGAUCUAGGGUUAAAUCAUUUAAUCUUUGCCAUUAAUGUGAAAUUUUUCAUAUUGAUUGACGUUUAUGUACAUGCCGUAAUGAUCUAGGGUUAAAUCAUUUAAUCUUUGCCAUUAAUGUGAAAAUAUUUCAUAUUGAUUGACGUCUAUGUACAUGCCGUAAUGAUCUAGGGUUAAAUCAUUUAAUCUUUGCCAUUAAUGUGAAAUUUUUUCAUAUUGCCGCUCUAGUCUAUAAUGGGCUACGUAAUGCAUGAUAUUUUUACCAUUCAACAUUCUAUGGUAAGUAGCAAGUUGAGGGUCAAUAAUUUUUAGUAUUACAAAGAGUAUGAUCAGCAGUCUGAUCCUCCUUUGAUAGUUGGUGGUUUCAAAUAGAAAACUAUAUGAGAAUUGGGCCCAAUUUUCACCAAGUCUUGGAGUUUUAGUGGGUGAUGCUUCUAACAUUCCAUCUAUGCCCCUUAUUCUUAUAAAAGCUUUCAUAAAGGACUAUAUUGACUUAAUUUUGUUAAGAAACUAGUCAUGUUCAUUGAUAGGAUUCAAAGGCUAUAUCUAGGAGAGGUGGCUCAAGGACAAUAUUGCCAGCUUUAAACAACACAUGUGAAGCACACAUCAGUCUAGAAGUGAGUCAAAGUAUUGUCAUAUUACCAGCAAUAUAAAUGAGUAAUUGAACUCAUUUACUAUAUAUUGUUAGUCUUAUUCUAGAUAUCAUCACAAAUGCUCAAAUACUAAAAUAUUAAAUUAUAUGCGAAAAAUAUUGACAUUUGCUAGCAUGAAGUUGGAAAGUCAUAAUAUAAGUAUAAAAUGCAAGCGAGAAGUCAUAUGACAAUACUGUCAUCUUUAGCCAUAUCAAUCUAGAAACGAGUCAAAAUAUUGUAAUAUUCUCAUCACUAUAAUGUCUUAUCAAAUAAUAAAAUAUUAAAUUCCAUACAAAAAAUAGUAACAUUUGAUGACAUGAAGAUGGAAAGUCAUAGUAUAAGCAUCAAACAUGACCAAUAAGUCAUUUAGGGGCUUAGUAAUAUCUGAAUAUAGGGGCGAUUGGAGGACAUAUUUAAUGUUAUAUGAGCAUUGACGUAAGAAGUUGCCAAUUAUAGAAAGUACCAAUCAAUGGGUUUACUCCAUAACAAUACUACCAAAAAUAAUGGGCAAUGAUGCACAACUCCCAAAAAUCUGCCCAAUUAUUGAUAGUUUGUGAUUAUCAUUUUAAAAUGUUUACAUCACUUCUUUUAAUCUCAUUAUUUACUCGAUCCAAUUUCAGUAUCUUAUAGUGAUGUGGAUUGGUUCAUGCUUGUUCAAGCACGGUCCACAAUCACGAGGAACCUGCAUACAAAAUUAUUGACUUCCUCCUGUUGACAUUUUUGUGCUCCUCUUUAAGGAGUCAACGCCAUAAGCUCUUGGUGAUUAUGUGAGUAAUUUUGCAAUAUCUCACCGACGCCAAUGAUAUUAUGCUUAAGAUUUUUCUUCUAAACACAAGUUCAUGGUAUACUAUGAAUCAUCAAUCAUUUUGUGCACAUAAUUAAUUAUUAGUUUGUGGCCAUCUUUUUUUAUUCACUUUAUGACUUUAAACUUUGAACGAAAUCAAUAUGUUCGGAGUAAUACUUAUAACAAUAUCUCAUUAUUUAGUUACAUUAAAUAGCAAUGUAGGGUAUGCAUGAAAAAAUCCUAACAUGUUGUGAAAAACAUAGUUGGCAUAAGUUUAUUACAUUUUAUUUUUCUUGUUUUGCGGUAUUAGUUUGUCAAUCAUUUUAUGGCACCUAUGAUAACAUCUUCCGAAAAUACAUACAUUUCAAUGGAUCCUCUAUGAAUAGGAGGGGAUUCUUUUUUUUUUUUUUGUAAAAUAUUAAGAUGACUUUGGUAAAAUGGUAGCGGAAUAUUUAUUAAAUACGCUUGGAGGAUCUGUAGGGAGUUUAUGGAUAAUUGGCCAGUCUGUGGGUAAGCUAGAAGAAAAUAAAAUAAUAAUAAAUGGGAUAAUUUAUCUUCCAUAUGAGCCCUCCCACGUGUUUUGCCGGCUUAAUGGGCCGGAUUGUGCGGCCCAUUUAGGUUCUCGCCGAUCAGAGCGUGGGGCCCACACCGGGGAAUGCUGAGGCCCAGCAGUCUCGUCUCCGCCGGCCAACGGUCGGGUUUUCUUUCCUCUUCAAUAGCCGGCAAACAGAGAGGGGGCGGCGGGCGAAGGUGGGGAAGAUUCGCACGCCUACAUGGUCGCGCUUGCGGCCGGUCUCCUUCCGACGGCGACCCUACACGGCGCCGCAGUCAGAGCCGAGGGAUUCUUUCCGGCGGCUUCAAUCAAUGCCGCUCAUGUGAAGCCGCAAUUUCCCACCCGUACCGGUUCGAGUGUCCAGAUCCCCGCUCCGUCUCUGCCGGAGAACUCUCCUGAUCGUAUCCUGAUCUCUCCCUUGCGAAGCAACGGUGACGCGCUUCGGAUUCCUCGUGUCCUCACCCGGGCACUGAAGUCCAGAAGUCUGGGGAGCGGUGGGUAGUGUCAAUUUUGUGUGGAUUGGGGUUUAGAUGGGACAGUCAAAUUUAUCUUUAAUUUAAUGAUUUUUUCUCAUUUUCAGCGGGGAGCUACGACGCUGAGCUUCGGUCGGUGCUUGAGCUCGCGACGGACGAGGAGCUGUCCGAGCUCCAAAACAUCCUCUUCGGUCCCAGGUAACCCUAUUGGCUUUGGAAAAGAGUAGCGUCAAUCGGUUAUCAUUCUCCUUGCUGUUCUUGUUAGGAGUGAAAUAUCUUGGCGUUUAGUUACCCGCAGCGUUUGACGAAGUGCUCUUGUACCCUGCUGUCGACAGUUUCUAUCGGAUUAUCGUUGCAAUGAAUCCUCACUGUGAAGCCAUUUCGGCGACAGAAGUAAUUUGGGGUGAUGAUUUUUGCCUGCAGCUACUUCAGUCCUCUACUGAAAUCCAUAGCAAAUCAUCCUGAUGUUGAUCAUACGAUGGAAGGGGAUGAUGUUGAGGGGAGGGACGAAUUCAUAGAACUUCUUGAGUCUCGAUUUCUGUUUCUGGCGGCAGAUGCUCGUUCUACACUGAGGUCUGGUGUUCGAACUUGGGCACCAUUCGUACCAAAAAUAUGCUUUCAAUUCUCUGGUUUUCGAAAAUCUCUGUGAAAGCUUUUUACUUCGAUUUCUUUUUUUAGAAUGUCAGUAUUAUUUAUCGUCCCCUACUAUCUGAAUUUCUUUUUUUCUUGGUCUCUUUUGAAGGGGUUGGAGACCUUCAUACAGGGACGUUUUACUUGGCGUGAGGAGAAAACUUGGCGUCCCAUGUUCGAGUAGAUUGUCAACAGAAGACUUAGAGAUUGAAAUUUUUCUCCAUUUGUUGAAUGAAUACGCAAGGUACGGUGCUUUUCCCGACAAAAUCUGGUUACCUUAACUUGGGAACUAUUAAUAUAAGUAAUAUUUGAAGCACUAGUAAUCACAGAAGUAAUAUUGGAAUUGCUUUUUGAUGGACUCCUAUGAUAACCCCCGUGUGUUUUGAACUGAGACAACAAGAUUGGCACAUUUGGUCCAGAGAAGCAACCCUUGUUAUGUUUCAUGAUGUCAUUAAUAUUUUGUUACUACUGUUACCUGUGGUUUAAAGACGACCAUACAGCAUUUUAAAUACUCAUCCUUUUUGACAUGAUUGUAAAUACAGCAUUUUAUGUCUGCUUGUUACACUGGGGAUUUCACAUGAUUGUAUUGUAGUAAGGAGGGGAUGAUGAUAUCAUGUCUGUGCAUGUAGGAACAGCUAAGACAUGGUUACUUUGGUGGGUCAUACCUGGGUUUAGAAAAUAAAUAGUGGGCUUAGGAAUUUUACACUGAUGUAAUCCAUCUUUUUUGAAAAAUAAAAGGUUGAAAUAUUUUUUCUGUCAAAUUCUCAACUGUCCGGCUUAUGAUAAUUUACAUAUACCAAACGGCAUGACUUACACUGACCAAUAUGGAAACGCAAAAGAUAGCUGAUCGAAUCACUCUGGAAGACCAGCUAUAUAGGGUGGAUACAGUAUCAUGGCCGUAUGCAUCAGCUCAAAACUGACUUAUAUUUGGUGCAUCCUCUCCAGAGUUCUCUAAACCUAUCUGUUCUCUUUUACUGGCCUUGCGUUCCAAUUCUCUAUUUAAAAAUAAAAUGUAUGCAGGUAUUUUUUAAUAUGUCUGACCUCCUGUCUUGGACAUAAAUAUAAAAGGACAUUUUUUAUAUUUACUCACAAAUAGUACUAUUUUUAAUGAACGAAAAAAAUACUAAGGGUCUUUAAUAUAGAGCAGUAUACAAAAAUGACCUUUUCUGACCUCCAGUGUAGCAUGAAACACUCUUCUGUUGAUGUCUUGGUAACACUAGCGGAAAAAGGAAGAGAACGGAAGGCAAAGUAUUCAUAGCAAUGGAUGGUGGUGUGAUAAGAUCCCAGAUCAAAGAACUAUGAAUAAUUCGUAUUAGAUGAUAAAUAGACUCUAGAACAGAAAUAAACAAAGAUAAAGAACAGUAGAAGAACUCAAAACAGAUGGGAGGGUCGCAUACAACCCACCAAACCUUCUCAUAGAUCCACGAGAUACUAUCACCGAUUUUCCUUCCACCUCUGCCUUCCUGCUCCGCCUGUCUUUAUAUCCUCUCCUUUCCUUCCCUCAUUUAGGCAGUUAGUCUCCUACCAUAAUUUCUCUUGCCAUAACUGCUCCUUGCCAUAACUGUUCCUUUCCAUAACUGCACCUUCCCUCAAUCAUGCUGAGCAUUAUUGACUUAUUGGGCUUUGGGCCUUCUUCCUUCUAGUAUAUGUGCAUGGAGCCUUAUCAUGGUGUUGGUAUAUUUCCAUCUCUGGUUCCCUUUUUUGUCAUUGUUUCUUCUGUUCUCUUCUUCCUCUGAUGGUAUCAAUACAUUCUCCUUUCAAUUAUUUUUCUCCUCUUGUUACUCUCCUUCAUCUCCUUCAGUUCUUCUUUUCUGUAAAUUAUUGUUACUAUGAGAUAGGGAAACUUGGCCUGGUCACGUAAGCCAGCCAAUCUUAGACAAAUUGACAUGGAAUUGAUCAAUUCAUCUGAGAUCAACUAUUCAAAGUCUAGAAAAACUUUUCAACUCUUUUGUCUUUUAGUUUCAAGUGGGAAUUCUAGUUUCCCCAUCAUUGUCGAACUGGAUGGGUCGUUCCAAGGUACAUGGUCUCUGAGCUCAUGAAACUAUGGUUCUUAUGGGUGGUGGUAGAAGUGUCAUUGUUUGUGUAUAUGGAAAUUAUGGACUUUAGACUGAAAAAUGGCGUUGACGAGAUUCAGUUACAUGAAUGAAGUAGAAAGAUUGUUGUCGGAGAUUCUCCCACCUUGAGCUAGGGCAUAGCUGCCACGAGUAGGGGAGCCGUUAGAGCAUGAGAGAGUGAGAGAAAAAGAAAAAUAUUUCAUUCAAUUUGAGUUAGGGUUCAUGAUCCUUUUAAUACAUGAGUUCUGACUAUUGGAUCUAUGUCGGGUAUAAGUGGCUAGAUCCGAUACCAAUAAGUAAUUAGGCUUAUCACACCCAAUAUCACUUAUUCUAACACUCCCCCUCAAGUUGGAGAAUGAAUAUUCUCCAUCCCCAACUUACCUAACAAUCUUCUCAUAGUAGGUCCAUAUAAUCCUUUGGUGAAGAUGUAUGCACAUUGCUCCUCAGACCUGAUAUGUUGGAUAGUGAGGAUCCCAUUCUUUAUCUUCUCUUUGAUGAAAUGGCAAUUUACUUCCACGUGCUUGGUCCGAUCAUGAUGUAUUGGAUUGUGAGCAAUAUCUAUAGUUAACUUGUUGUCACAGAAGAGUUUUGUGGGUGAAUCAUAUUGGAUUUUAAGGUCUUCCAAAAUCCCUUUAAUCCAUAAUACUUCACACAAUCCUUGUGUCAUUGCUCGAAGUUCAGACUCUACACUAGAUCUUGAAACCACUGGCUGCUUCUUGUCGCACCACAUGAUUAGGUUUCCUCCUAAGAAUGAAUAGUACCCUGAAGUAGAUCGUCUGUCUACAACAGAACUUGCAUAGUUAGUAUCAGUGAAUAUUUUCUACAUUAGUAUGCCCAUGUGGUUGAAAUAAUAGGCCGUAACCUGAUGUACCCUUUAAAUAAAAAAGUACUCGUCUUGCUGCUGCAUUAUGUACUUCUCUAAGAUCAUGCAUAAAUUGACUCAAUAAUCCUAUUGUGUAGGUAAUAUCUGGUUGAGUGUGAGAUAAAUAAAUUAGUUUACCAAUCAGCCUUUGGUAUCUUCUUCUAUCAACUGGUGGACUAUCUUCACCUCAACCCAAUUUCCCGUCAGGGUCAAUGAGAGUGGUUGCCGGUUUACUGCCACUAGUUCCGGUUUCUUUAAGUAAAUCUAAAGUCUAUUUCAACUGAGGUAAGAAAAUACCACACCUAGAAUAUACAAUUUCCAUACCAAGAAAGUACUUUAAAUUUCCUAGUCUUUUAAUUUUGAAGCAUGUAGAUAAUUUAUCAUUUAACAUUUCUAUUUCUAACAAAUCAUCUCUAGUAAAUAUCAUGUCAUCAAUGUAAACUAAUAAAAUAGAAAUUUCAUUUCUAGAAUGUUUAAAGAAAAGAGUAUGAUCACUGUUACUUUGGCGGUAGUCCAUCUCAUGCAUAGUGGCUAAGAGCUUGCCAAACCAUGCUCUCAGAGAUUGUUUAAGUCCAUAUAAAGACUUCUUUAAUCUACACACAAAGUGCUGAUUUUUCUCUUCCCUAAAACUUGAAGGUAUAUCCAUAUAUAUCUCCUCAUUUAAGGACUCAUGUAGGAAAACAUUCUUCACAUCUAAUUGGUGAAGCUGCCAUCCUUUCAUUGAUAUCAUAGAGAUUAAAAUCCUCAUGGUGUUUAAUUUUGCUAUUGGAGUGAAGGUCUCAUCAUAAUCAAUCCCUAAUUUCUGGGUAUAUCAUUUUGCUACCAACUUAGCCUUAUACCUCUCUAUCGUUCCAUUUGGAUUAUACUUAAUGGUAAAUAUCCAUUUACACCCAACAAUCCGUUUAUUCCAUGAGAGCUUAACUAGUUCCCAUAUGUUAUUUUUCAUCAACGCAUUCAUUUCUAUUUUCAUAGCCCUUUUCUAUUCUACAUUAUUUAUAGCUUCAUUAACUGUUGAUGGAAUGGUAUGGAGCCUACCUUCGUAAAAAAUGAAGAGUGGGCUGUAGAUAAACGAUGCAAAGAGAAAUAAUUUUGCAAUAGAUAAGUAAUAUUCUUACUGAUGUUUUGAUGAACCAACAAGUUUACUACAUUUUCUUGUGGUUCUGAUGAAAGAUCUAGCCUAGUCUCAUGAGUUAAAUCAUCUACUGAAGUAGUGUGUGAUUUGUUCAUUUUUCCUUCUUGUAUAAGUCUGUCCAAAAAAAAAUUCUAUACUUAAUUUUUGUGAAUUUGACUCCCCUUCAUCACAAGGAAGCAGAUAACUUCAUUGAGAUGUGGUCUUAUCACCCAUCCUUUCUAAAGAUGAAGCUCCACACAUCACUAUGAAUCAAGUCAAAAGGUUAAAGAGAUCUUGAGUCAGAUGGAGAAUAAAUAGAUCGUUUAUGCUUGGCUAAUUGGCAUACCUCACAUAAUAAACUAUUGUCAUCAAGUUCCUUACACAAUUGCGGGAAUAAAUAUUUAAUAGUCAAGAUAUAGUCAAGAUAGAAGGAUGUCCUAGGCAAUGAUGGAUCAACAUAAGUGGUUCAAUCAACUUGCGGCUCCCCCUUGAUGCUACCCUUGGUGUUGUCGCCGCCGUUUGUGCCGUUUGUGGAUGUGUCUUUUGUGUUCCGUUGAGGCCUCAUAUGUAUUAUAGAUCUUCCUUCUCUUCAGCAAGUCUAGUCUUUCAUCCUAUGUCCUUAUCAUAUAAGACACAGUCAUUAAGAGUAAUCAGAAGGUCAUGAGUGAUGGAUUGUCUAAGCUUACUAAGGGAGAUUAGGUUUGUUAAUAAUAGAGACACAUGAAGAACAUGAUGUAUUUUUCCUAUUAUUGGAAGUUCUACGGAACCUAUACCAACUACUGGUAUAAGUUUCCCAUCUGCAGUCAAUACUUGUCUACCAUUAAAACAUGGUUCAUAGGUUUGGAAAUAAUUUUUGAGUGGAGACAUAUGAUAUGUGGCCCUUGAGUUAAGGAUCCAUGUACCUUUAUCCUUUAGAUAUAUGUUUGUUUGACUGGGAGAAUAGAAACUCAAGGAGAGGGAAGUGUAAGAGAUUGAAAAAUUACCUGAGGAGGUUGCUGAUGAUGUUAUGAUACUUGAGGUGAUGAGUUGCCACAACUUCUCAAUCUCCUCUUUGAGUUUAUCAAUUUCCCCAUCUUUGGAAUUUGCUGGUUGAGGGAUAGGUGUCAAGUUCACCUCUCCCUUAGUGGAGCUUGUAGAGCCAAUUUCUUGCCAAUAUGUAAGGGAAGGGGUUACACUCAUGUACCCCUGUCCUACUCUUGGAGGCUUACCAUGCAAUUUCCAGAAAUUGUUAUGAGUAUGUCUCCUUUUUCAGCAGAAUGAGCACCAUAGUUUUGCCUUUGGGUCUGUCACUUGCUCUGGGUUUUGGCCUUGUUUUCCUUUGCUGGAAUGUGAAGAGCUUGUCUCGCUCUUCCCUUCCCAGCCACAACUAGUGUUGGCUGAUGCUCCCACUAUGUUCUUUGCUGCCAAUGCUGAGUUAUCAGCUUGCUGAUUUUUGUUCAAUAGUGUCAGCCUAUUCUCUUCCCUCUUAUUAAUUCCCACAUCUUCCUCGAAAUCAGGAACUCUUUUCCUGUUCAACAAUUGACCAGUCAAUUGUAUAAAAGGUGAAUUUAAGCCAGAUAAGAACCGAUACAAGCGAUCCUUCAAGAUGUAUGUUCAUUCAACAGAAUUUGGAUUGGUGUUCAGUCUAUAAUGAUCGACUUCCAUCUAGAUGGUUUCUAGUUCGGCUGCAUACUCCAUCACCGUUCUAUUCCCUUGAGUAAGGUUCAUAGGUUUAGUGGUUAAGCAUGAGAUUUCUCCCUCAUCAUUCCGCUUCGUGUGCAUACAGUGAGCUUUCUCCCAUAUCUCUUUCACUGUCGGAAUCUGAAAGAAGUGGUCGCCGAUAGAUGGUACCAUGUUUUCUAGCAACCACGCUUUAAUGAUGGCGUCUGCCUCUCGCCAUGUAGUGUGUCAUGGAUCUGUUGGGUUAUGAGGGUUACCACUCUUGAGGUGGAUUAUUUUCCUCCGGCCAAGUAAAAUCAUUUCCACAUAUUCCUCCCAUUGUAAUAAGUUCAAUUCAUUGAACCUAUAUUUGUCAAGAAUUUUUGGGAGUUCAAACCACCUAGGGUACUCCUCUGGUACACUCACUGGCACCAGAGAUAGACUAGGGGCUUCUGCCAUGAGUUAGGGUUCGUGGUCUCAACCAAAAACAGGCUAACCUUCAAACCCUAGCUAACAGAAAAAUAGAGUGUUCGUGGUCUCAAUGUAUGCGGACUUUCGAUGCAGUAAGCUUAGAUGGCUUAAGAAAAGGUUUGGAAUGUAUGCACCUGAUGCUCUGAUACCAUGUUAAAGAUUCUCCCACCUUGAGAUAGGGCACAGCCGCCACGAGCAAGGGAACCAUUAGAGCAUGAGAGAGUGAGAGAAAAAGAAAAUACUUCAUCAUUUUGAGUUAGGGUUCGUGACCCUUUUAACACAUGAGUUCUGACUAUUGGAUCUAAGCUGGGUAUAAGCGGCUAGAUCCGAUACCAAUAUGUAAUUAGGCUUAUCACGCCCAAUAUCACUUAUUCUAACAAUUGCCAGACAUAUUUGAUAGCUAUUUCUCUUCAAUAUCAUACCUGAUAUCCUUCAGGUUGUUCUAGACAAUUUUAUUCGGGUUUGCUCUAUUGAUUCGCAACCUAGGUUAUCCUGAUCAAUAGUUUUAAUUCCCUUCUCUUGGUUGCUGCAUAGAUACAAAUUUAUUAUGACUGUUGACACAUCAGAUGAAAAAAUGUUUAUACGAUUGCUCUGUCAUAUUGUGAUUGAUGGUUUGCCAUACUAAGCUGUGUUUUAUCAUUUUUCUUCAUUGUUGAUGUUUCAGCCGUAUCUUAAAUUUCGUCUCUUGAUGAGUGUAAUUGUAUUUCAAUCAAAUUAAUUUGUUUGAUUUUCUUUUUUACCUAUUUACUUAUUGUUGCCAUGAUGCUACAUUAACUCAAGUUAUUCAAACGGGAUUAUGAAUAUUAUGACGUCAAUCAUUGUUGAUUAGCCAUAUACCAAAUAAAACUUCACUGUUGCAACUAGGAACCAACCUAUAUUUUCCUUCUGUGUAAAUGUCUUCUGAGUAAGAAAUCACUCGUCUCUGAUUGAUAUACAGCCCGGAAGGUAUUGGAAUUUCUAGUAAUCAAGGGAAACUUGAGGUUGGACUAAGCAAGUGGAAGGUUGAUUUUCUUGGUGCAGUCAAAGUUGGAGCAAAGGAAUUCCAACAAGUGGCUCUAAAGGUUUGGUUGGACUCUGAAUAUUAGUUUCCUAAACAAAAUACAUUUCUACCUGUUUUAGGAAUUACUGAGCCUUCAGAACCUUUCAAUAGGGUGGUGGCAUCUUCACUUUGGGGAAGCUUUAUCAGUGGGUAUGCAGUUUAUCCACAAGUCCUGUCUUAUUUAUCUUGUACUCCCUGAGUGUGACAGUUUGACAUGGCUUUCAUGCCUAGUUAGCAAGGAGGCUAUCUGGAAGUAUGCUGGUGGAAGCUGCCAACUAUCAGAUAAGGAAUGAAGUUAUUAAACGGGUAUGUAUGGUUGUUUGUCUGCAUGAUGGGUUCGUUCUCCAAAUUUAGAUGAUUCCAUUAAACUUCAAUGAAUAUUAUUUUCAGUAGUAUCAUGCCAUGACAAUCCUUAUGUAGCUGCUUAUUAGUCAUUGAUGAUGACCCGAGGCCUAUUUACAACUAUGCUCCAAGCAUUGUGUUUGAUGAUUUCAAAUCUUUCAAAUCAAAUUCUAGUUAUAAUUGAAACUCAUAGGUAAUAAUGGAUCAGUGAACCAUCCACGAUUGACUAACCGUGCAUUCUGAUAUCUGAAAACUAGCGUAUGCAGCAUCUUCACAUCAAUGGGUAAAUUAGGUUGCAUUCAGGUUUUGUCCAUUAAUUAUUUGUCUCCUCCUCGCAAUACAUUAUUUCAAACUGAACAAAGGACUUGACCUGGUUACGCAUACUAUUGCCCCUCUUCACUGGGCAGGGAGGGCAGUUUGCAGCCGUCAACUUGGAGUCCAGAGUAGGACUACUUGCGGCAAGACAGGUCAUUAUCCAGUUCCCUUUGCCUUUCUUGUAUGUAUCUAUAUAUAUAUAUAUAUAUAUAUACAUUCGCACACACAUAAGUCAAUCUAUUUCUACUUUUUAUUCGAUUACCGGAGAUGUGGCAAAUAUCAAUCCUCACUGACUAAUGUCCAUGCACCUAGGGUCUUGCCCGUGCAGCCUCGCGGUACCUUGGCUUCAGGAGUGCAGUGAUGCUGCUUGGACCGCUGUAUGCUUCCAUUUCAUUAAUCUUUAUAUUUUUCUCCGAUUAUCUUACCGUAAAUUAUUCUUCAUCUGUACCCCUCAUUUUCGUUGAUUUAAAGAUCAUUUCAUCAUGCUUUCCCAACCAUUAUAUUUUCAUUCUUAUCUGAUUAGCCUGUGCCAUAAAUUUUAAAUAAAUGGCUAUUUCCUUGGCUAAUAUAAUCAGCCGCCCAUCUCCAGGCUGUGGGGGACGUUCCUGGCCGAUGUGGUGAUCCAAAUGCUUGGUACCGACUAUGCGAGAAUUCUCCGCGCAAUCUAUGCCUUUGCGCUGGUGGGAUCACUUAAUUCCGUAAAUUAUAUUCCACAUGAAUUGUUCGUCUUGGACUCAUAGCCUCCUGCACAGAUUCGCCUCACGAGGGCUCCUGGCUGGACAUCUGUCAGCAGCAACCGUUGAAGCUCCUUAAGCAUAUAUAGUGCGAGCUCCCUCCUCGAACCCCCCCCCUUCAUCCCCACCUGCGGACUCGAUGCCACCUGGAAGAGCGUUGCAGAUUUGGCAUGGGCUUUGGGGGCUCUGGCCUGCUCGAUCAACAGAUGUUAUAUGUGCAAGGCAGAAGUCGUUUGUUCUUGGAGAUGCAAGCAAGCUUAGGGAGGUUGCUGGUGAAAGCUGA